AUGUCGAACAACCGCCACUCCUUGUUUGUCGAGGUACUUGAAGCCGUCUGGCGUCAUUUAAAAGCGCUCAUGGGAACCGUCUAUUUCAACGGAGAUGAGACGAAGAAUAAGCCUGGAAAACUUGCGGCAGGUUCUGUGGCGACGAAUAUGGCCUUCAAGUUGGCCCGUAGCAUAGAAAAGGAACUAGACCUGCUCCUUAAAAUGGGAGGCGGUGCUCUUGUCGCAAAUCGAUAUUUCGUCGCCCUGUGCGCAGCUUUCGGCAUUCCCAAGGAGAGGAAGCAACAGCCGGGUGAUCCCUACAAUCUGGACGCCUACGAUCUGGCAGACGCUUGCAUGAUGAACAGCUUGACAAUCCUUGCCAGCUACCUCUCUUUUGGCUGGUAUGACGAGAAGAUGGGUGGCUCCUCACAGACGAAUCGCCAAAAAUGGAAGCCAGAUAUGUCAGCAAUUCUCGAAGUCAUGCCGGAUGUGAGCUUUCCGGCUACGAAGACUGGCCGCGCAUCUGUGAUGGAUGAAAUAAUCUGUGAGAUGUCCUUCUUGAUCAUUAGGCGAACAAAAGACGUGCCUUAUUGGUUGGCUUGGACCCUUCAAAUUUACUUGGACAUCCUGCAGUCCCUUGGAGGCGAAUGUGAUCGAGGAUAUCGAGAAAUGCAGCAAGACAUAUGGGACGAAGACCCAACGUGGGUUGCUCGCAAAGUGAUGGUUAAUCAGGCGAUGUGGCCAAACAGAACUGCACCGCCAUUCAAGUCCCUGCGGCGGAAUCCCAUCCACUGCGGCCUCUUGCUACACAACAUGCAUUGUAGCUUGCACUUAUCUGGCCGGCCAUAUGCCGCAAUGCCCAAAGCUCUUGUGGGAGCAACACAGCUCUACCAUGCACUUCGCCAGGAGAAGGUGCUUGCCGACGGCCUCAUGCAGGGUACUCCGACACUCUUUAUAAACAGUGACAAUCGAAGGAAUCUGAAGUUCAUGGGAUACGUUUCCUCACAAACCAAUCACCGCCUGGAACAUCCUGGAGCGAGUUACCCGUGGUCACCUGCUGCAGUCGAGAACACUGUGAUGAUGGCAUUUAUAGACAGUAUACAGACAGCAGGGAACACUUUGAAACAGAGUAUAAGGAAAAAGUGGCACAAGCAAGGGUUUCUUGAGCAUGCUGGACUCCUCCCUCCUGGUUUGAUACGCAAGCUUGCCUUGAGCAUCCAAGAUGAAAUCCCGAAAAUCUUACUCAACUUGUUCAAUAUGCACGGCGAAGCAUGGGAUUUACUCGGGAGGUUGAAAGAAGGCUUUACGAGUAUCUCGGGCCUUGGUCCUUUGUCGUUCAAGUCGGACAAACUGCCACUCAUGACCGGCCUUGCUUUUCCACUUGCUGCGGGCCAGAUGAGCCUGCAGGGUGACAAGAGAAUAGAGCAGUCAGGUAUGUUGGUGCAUAUUGCGGCAGAUGCCGUGCAGAAAGUGGUUCGAUUGGAGGAGGUAAACUGUCUCGACUGCGAGAGUAACGAUCCAUGGGGAGUCAAGAAGCUCAAGCCACUUCUUCGCCGACGAUAA